AUGACUGAACAGUCAGUAGAGCAGCCAAAAAUUACUCUUAUCUCAUCCGAUAAAGAAACAUUCAAAGUAGAUCGGAAUGUUAUUCGUUUGUCAACUACUAUCAAUACAAUGCUUCAGGAUUUGGGAAUGGAUAAUCAAGAGGGAGGUGAUAUCGAUAUGGUGGAAGGUAUUCCUCUGCAGAAUGUGAAUUCUUCUAUUUUGAAAAAAGUUAUUCAUUGGUGUGAAUACCAUAAAGAUGAUCCGAUCUCACCAGAUGAUGGUGAUAACAAAGAAAAACGUACUGAUGAUAUUCCAUCGUGGGAUGUCGAAUUUCUUAAAGUUGAUCAAGGCACUUUGUUCGAGCUCAUUCUGGCAGCGAAUUAUCUGGACAUCAAAGGGUUGCUCGAUGUCACAUGCAAAACAGUGGCUAAUAUGAUAAAAGGUAAAUCACCAGAAGAAAUUCGAAGAACUUUUAAUAUAAAGAAUGACUUCACUCCAGAAGAAGAAGAACAGAUACGGAAAGAAAAUGCUUGGUGUGAAGAUUAG